AUGUGGAAUGCGUGGUCCCUCGGAGCCGUCGAAGUAGGGAGGAAAAUCUUCGUUGGGGCACAUAGACCUGCUGCCGAUGUCCCGACAAGCCAGUUCUCGGGCCAUGGAGGUUCUUCUACCGACAUAAGUAUGAUGGAUGAAACGGCUACUCAGAUCUUCCGCGAUGCUGUCGAUCCGGACUCAGUGGCUGUUGGGGCUAGCUCUCAGCCGGUGGAGAAUGCCCCCCGGGCAUCAUCUAGCAAUACGUCCACAAGCUUCUCAACGUCCAGACCAUUCCCAGGAUUCAUUGAGUCUCUAAGGCUUUGCAGGGAUGGAUAUGUCGAGUUUCUCGAGAAGCAGGGGGCUUUUCGCCUCCCCAGUCUGUCCUUACAAAGCGCACUCUUGAAAGCCUUCAUCGAGUUCGUCUACCCACGCAUGCCGUUGCUCAACUUGACCAAGCUAUGCGAAGCCAUCGAAUUCUAUGAUGGAGGCACAAAGGACUUCAGCCUCUUGCUGUAUCAAGCUAUUCUCUUUGCUGGUUCCGCACAUGUCAAACAGGCUGACUUGGCUGGUACCGAAUUCUCUGACAAGCUGAGUCUGAGGAAGACACUAUAUCAGCGUGCAGAGUUGCUAUUCGAAUUGGGAGGUCCACAAGACCAUCUCGCCCUUGUACAGGUGGCUCUGCUUCUGACCUUUCGAGGUAUAUCCCAAGAUUCACAACUAGACCGGAAAGACUCAUGGCAAUGGAUGAACACCGCCGUCACGCUGGCGCUUGACAUUGGAUUGAAUAAGGAACCCUCUCUGAAAGCAUUCGAUAAUCCAGAAAUCAAGUUACGACGGCGACUGUGGUGGUGCUGCUAUGUCCGCGACAAGAUUCUGGCGCUUGGGAUGAGCAAGCCAAGCAGAAUCAAAGAUGAGGACCAUAGUACCUCCAUGCUCAGCAUACAUGACAUGGACUUGGAAACUCUGAAGACCGAAAGAACAAUAUUCGGGCGUAUCCAACUAGGGCCGUACGAUCAUGUCGAAAUGGUGGAGUCUGCUGAGUUGUGCGUCGAGAAGACCAGACUGUCGAUGCUCAUGCAUCGCACGCUGCAGCUUCAACAGAGCGCCGGAAACAGUUACCAGUUUCUUGUCAGAUCCAGCCUCUGCCUAUCAGGUUACGGAUCACCAGCAUUCAGACAUCCAUUCGAUCGCGGCGGCAUCUUUUGCACAUGGCUUACAAUUUUGCUCGACAUACAUUACACCAUGAACGCAACGCGCACCGAAAAGAAGCUCAUUCCCACAGACCGGUUGAGUCUUUGGAGACAUCAAAGCGCAUCGUGUCCGAAUGUGCAGACAACAUCACUCGGCUUGCAGCCGAUCUUCACCAAGGGCAAAAUGGAUCCGUAUCUCCCUAUUGGGGCAAUCACGAUACUAUGUCCCGCAAUCUCUACGCACCUCAUCAACAUGAAGAACCGAAACCAAGGCUCGAGGCAUGCCGCUGUGUCAGGCUUUCGGGUCUGUAUGAGAGUCCUAGACAAGCUGAGGGAUCUCUAUCCUGCAACAGAGGUCACCCUUGCAUAUCUGGAUGUAGUUCUCCAGAAGGCACAGAUGGAGUCAGCUAUCUCGGUACGAGCGGUCUUUCAGCUCAACGAACGAGACCGAAGCGAUAUGCGAAUGAUUCUCGGACGCCACUCGGGGCAAUCGUGGGAUACAAGCGUAACGUCGAAAGCCACAGAUCUAGGCUUUGCUGGCCUUGAAGAUGCUAUGAACCAAUUUGAACAAUUUGAUACCCCGGAGUUCUCCGCGGACUACGGCGCGGAAGCAUCGAUGGGAUCAACGUAUCAUGGGACAUUACUCGACCCGCUACUUUCGCCCAAAGACGCACUUGGACAGGUCUAUUUUAAUGACCUGAAUCCCUGGCAAUGCCUGGACCUUGGAUGGAUUGAAGAUGCGAAUGCCCAACUACCUAUUGAUGACGCCUUGAUACCAGCGACUACAAAUCUGGAAGCAUCAUGGUUUCAAGACAACACUCAAUGA